UUUAUUUUUCAACGUUCUCUUUCUUUGUAUCGGCCGUACAGAAGAUCACGUUGCUUUAAGGCUGAGUAAUAAUAUAACACAAGAUUCGGAAAGAGAUGCCGGAACUAAAGGUACAACGUUCAUCGAAGACGAACAAGACCAAAACGAGAACAACGACGUGCCUGGGGCUCUUCAUGCCAUCAUUCUUACCGUUAUUAUUAUUGCCGUCAUUGUCGUAGCCCGUAUCAUCCAUAGGAAGAAAAUCGAAUUAAAAAAUCAUCAAAUUUAAUAUUAAUUUAUUAUAUCUUUGAUACCUACGUAUUGUCACAGAUAAAAAUAUAUUCCUGUUUUGAACAAAUUUUUUGCAAGCAGAUUGCCCGUUAGUUAGUGUUGAAGUGUUUUCGCAAGUUGUUAAUAUCCAUCGCCUUUACCGCAUUAGAUAAAAGCUUAGUAAAAAAUAAAAACAAAAAACAAAAAAAAACGUUGAAGAAGACGAUAAUUUUAGAUGCUCGUGUACGUUGUUAUAAUAUUAUUCCAGUUAAAUAAAAAAGUAAAAAAAUAAAAAUAAAGUCUGCGUUAUAUUCUUUCUACAUUAUACAAAAAAUAAAUAAACAAGAAGACUGCAUCUCCGAAGGUGAAGUUUCAAAAGAGUCAAACAAAGUGUAUUUUAAAAUAAUAUAAUAAUUAGAUGCAUUACUCUAUCCAAUAACGAAAGAGGAAUUAAUAAUCGCAAAAUUUACAUAAGCAACGAUUAACCAUCGAUAAGAGUUUCGACUUUUCGGCUGCUACGUACUGUACAUCGAAAUAUUUGGUAAUUAAAAAUCGUCGAUUUAGGAUAAUAAGUUUUAGAUUCCGAAAAAAUAAAGUAUAGAGAGAUAGAGAAAAGCAUUAAUAUUAGAAAAUCAAACGCAGAAGUAAGAAGCAUCGAUGGAUUGAUUGACAGACAAUGAGUUUGACCUCGAUAGCCUUGCCGAGGACGGCAGGAACUUAUUGUACUUAUCUUUUGGUUAAGUGGAUGAAGAGAGACCAAUAAUAGCAUCGGUAGGAAGAUCAGCCCAGAGAAAAAGGGAGAUCGUUCAUUCUUCUUCUUCUUCAUCAUCAUCAUCCAUUAUUUUCUUCUUACUUUCAUCAUCAAGGGCAAAAGCCUUAACCUUACUGCACGCUCAAUAUUUAUAAUUCUGUGAUAGCAAGAGAUUAAGAAAUAUGGAUGUCGCAGCUUCGGCGAUGUUGGAUGGUCUGAAGAACAAUCGCAUCAGCAAGUUGGCGCUCUCGCGUUUCCUAUCUCAAAGCCUACCAGUUACACCAGCUAUCGAAGAGAAAAGAAACCACUCACGUCCAAAUGCUGGCGAAAAUGAAGCGCAGCUAGAAACGACAGGCAGUCCUGGGAGUAAGUCUCCGGCGGGGAUAAGCGGCGGUCCAGCAUCGGCGACUGGGAGCAGCAGUACAUCCGCCGGAAAUGCCAGUGGUACGGCCUUGGGUCCAGGGGGCGAGCCGCGGCCGCCCACCACAGGACCUCAGAACAAGCAGCUGCAGAAUGUCAAAGGCGAGCAUCCGUCGAAAGCCUUUCUGCAAAGCAGAUCCAUAUCAUUGGUGGAUAUGUAUAUUGACAACGCAGAGCCUACCGAAAAUGUAGGACAAAUUCACUUCAGUUUGGAGUACGACUUUCAGAGUACCACUUUGAUUUUACGUAUAAUACAAGGUAAAGAUUUACCAGCAAAGGAUCUGUCCGGAACGUCUGAUCCUUACGUAAGAGUCACUUUGUUGCCCGAUAAAAAACAUCGUCUCGAGACAAAAAUCAAGAGGAGAACUCUGAAUCCAAGAUGGAACGAGACCUUUUAUUUUGAAGGCUUUCCUAUUCAGAAAUUACAGAGCCGCGUCCUUCAUCUGCACGUCUUUGAUUAUGAUCGAUUCUCGAGGGAUGAUUCCAUAGGGGAGAUGUUCUUACCUCUCUGCCAGGUUGAUCUUUCGGAGAAACCAUCAUUUUGGAAAGCCUUGAAACCACCGGCAAAGGAUAAGUGUGGUGAGCUACUUUGCUCACUUUGUUAUCAUCCAAGUAAUUCCGUAUUGACAAUAACAUUGCUAAAGGCACGAAAUCUUAAGGCCAAGGACAUCAACGGAAAGUCAGAUCCUUAUGUGAAAGUCUGGCUACAGUUCGGUGACAAGAGGAUCGAGAAGUGUAAAACACCUAUCUUUAAGUGUACCUUGAAUCCAAUAUUCAACGAGGUAUUUUCUUUUAAUGUCCCUUGGGAAAAGAUUCGCGAAUGUUCAUUGGAUGUCAUGGUUAUGGAUUUCGAUAAUAUUGGUCGCAACGAGCUGAUCGGUCGUAUACUUUUAGCAGGUAAAAAUGGUAGCGGGGCGAGCGAAACAAAACAUUGGCAAGACAUGAUAACGAAACCAAGGCAGACGAUCGUACAAUGGCAUCGUCUCAAGCCCGAAUAAAGAGACAAAUCGUAAUAGUAUUGGUAUCGUCGUAACUGCAUGAGUACACGCUGAGGACAAAUUGUGUUUACCAAUGAAUGGCGACUUACUGGGGGCCCUAGUUUAUUUGCCGUUCUUGGAAGUUGCCGAGAGAGGAAGUGCCGAAACUCUCUCGCAAAUGGACUCUGAGUGGAUUUCAGAUUAUUUGAAGGGGUAGAGUGAUAUUGUUGAAUGAUAAUUGAGAAAAAAAGAAGUACAUACUAUGUGUCAGAAAGCGUAGAGAAAAAAAUAAGGAAGUUAGAUAUAUAUA